GCUCUCGCUCGCCGGAUCCACCCCGUUCGCAUCACUCCCCGCCGGCCGGGGGGGACCUCACAUCCGGUCUGGGCGCUAGCCUUCGCUGAUGCCGUCCGCGCCGCGGUUCCCGUGGCGCCUCGCCCUCCCGCUCCUCGCCGCCUUCGUCUCCGUCCCGUUCAUCCUCCCGCUCACGCUCCCCCUCCUCCGCCACUCCACCUUCCCGCAGGCGCUCCCCUUCCAACGCAUCAGCUGGCUCCUAUCCCCACCGAUACAGACGGCUCUGCUGUCUCCGCCGCCUCACGUUUCAUCAUCACCGCCUCCAUCCGCUCCCCCGCCGACACCGAUGCAGACGUCACCUUCUCCACCGCCGCCGUCUCCGCCCCCGCCCGAGACGGCGGUGGACGAUGAGAUGGGUGAAAGUGAAACCGAAAGGUGCGACGUGUACGACGGGGAGUGGGUGCGGGACGCGGAGGCGCGGCCACUGUACGCGCCGGGGACGUGCCCCUACGUGGACGAGGCGUACGCCUGCGCGGCGAACGGGCGGCCGGAUGACGGGUACACGAGGUGGCGCUGGGCGCCGCGCCACUGCAGCCUCCCCAGGUUCAACGCGACGGAUUUCCUGGCGAGGCUGCGCGGCAAGCGGCUGAUGCUAGUCGGCGACUCGAUGAACCGGAACCAGUUCGAGUCCAUGCUCUGCAUCCUGCGCGAGGCCCUGCCGGACAAGACCAAGAUGUUCGAGACGCACGGGUACAGGAUCACCAAGGGCAGAGGCUACUUCGUCUUCAAGUUCGUGGACUACGACUGCACCGUGGAGUUCGUGCGGUCGCAUUUCCUAGUUCGCGAAGGGGUGCGCUUCAACAGGCACAGGAACUCCAACCCUAUCCUGCAGAUCGACCGCGUCGACAAGACGGCGAGCCGGUGGAAGAAGGCCGACGUCCUCGUCUUCAACACCGGCCACUGGUGGACGCACGGCAAGACGGCGAGAGGAAAGAACUACUACAAAGAAGGGGAUACGUUGUACCCCCAAUUCGAUUCAACUGAAGCUUACAGAAGAGCCCUGAAGACAUGGGCUCGAUGGAUCGACAAGAACAUGGAGCCGGCGAGAAGCGUCGUCUUCUACCGAGGAUACUCCACUGCACAUUUCAGGGGAGGCGACUGGGACUCCGGCGGCUCGUGCAACGGGGAGACGGAGCCAACGUUCAAAGGCGCUAUCGUCGACAGCUACCCUCUGAAGAUGAGGAUCGCGGAGGAGGCCAUCGGCCGGAUGCGCUUCCCGGUGCGGUUGCUGAACGUGACGAGGCUGACCAACUUCCGUAGGGACGGCCACCCGUCGGUGUACGGCAAGGCGCAGGCCAAGGUCUCCAAGAGGAAGCAGGAUUGCAGCCAUUGGUGCCUCCCCGGCGUGCCGGACGCGUGGAACGAGCUCAUCUACGCUUCUCUGGUGCUGGACCCCAACCAGAGCUCAUGGAAACAUAGAUGAGAGCUAGCCCAUUUUGUU